AUGUCAAAAAAAGUUGAAUUGAAAAUUGACGAACGUGUUUUGGAAUUUAAGAACAAUCUCUAUGAAAAGAGUUUAGAACAUCUUAAAACAACUAUUCCACAAAGAAUCAUUGAGUUUCAAAAGAUGGCAGAAACACUUUCAUAUGAAGCAUUGUUCUCAGAUAGCAAUGGCGAUGCAAAUGUAACCGAUAAGAAACGUAAAUUAGAUUGCGAUACAGUUAGCACAAUGUCGGUCGAGGAAUUGGCCAAGACAAACUCUGCAAUUUUGGAACAACAGAAAAAACUAAAAAGAAACUAUAUGGAAUUGGUACAGACAUUCAGUGUCAUUCGUUGUUGGAUCACAUUGAACAUCCCAAAGAUUGAGGAUGGUAAUAAUUUUGGUGUUGACGUACAGGAGGAAGUCGUCAGUCAACUCACCAAGCUCGAAGAUGUAUACACCAAUCUUUUGGAGCAAUCGGAAAAUUACUUUAUCAACAGAGCUGCCACCGUAAAGAAAGCUCUCAAACAUCGUGAUAUCGAUUCUUACAAACAUGCUAUUAUUCAACAAGACGAAAAAGAACGUAUUAGAUUCUAUUUUGCAUAUUUCGAUUUAGCCAAUAACUAUGCUACAACCUAUUCAUUGAUUGUCAAGAAUUUCCAGAAGAUCGAAACUCCAAGACCACAAUCAUCUUCAUCAAUAAACAUAUACUAA